AAUUUAUACCUCUCCUACAGGAUUACCAUAAGAAACACAAUGGUCGACGAAGAAUCAGGCUGUCAUCUGCGUAAGCGGCGUUUCGCUGGUACCCCGAACUUGGCCUUGAACCUUGACGUUGGGUAUCAGGUUAAUGAAGGGAGUAGUGGACUUGGUACCCCUUCACCGGGUUACAGUAAAGCAGCACCAACACCAACGUCAGCGCAGCUACGUCGGGAGUUUAGGAAUAAGCAACAAUCCCUUGAUAUCCCAAUAGAAGACUGUGAAGAGAUAGAAAUAAUAAUAGAGAGUGACGAAGAAGGUGAUAGAGAAGAGGAAAACGCAUCUGCCGUCAUCAAAGUUGAUCGUCCUGUUACACCAACACCUGUACAGGACUUUGGGGCGAGUGUUGUAUACACAGAAGGUAAUAUACACAAAAGGCAGAGUUCACUGGAUAAUGAGUGCUAUUCACGGACGGUUAUAACAAAAGGACCACAACCGAUGGACUUCCUCAACGUAAAUGCGAUAGAACACGACUGCUACACUGAUGUAUCGGAUGCUGAUUCUGAUGAAGAAGAAAACUAAAUAUGAUAAAAUAUUUAGAAUUAUAAAAUAUAAUUAUCAAAGAUUUAUAAAAUUGUUUUACAAAAUGUAUGUAAUAAACACCUAAUUCGCUUAAAUUCUAUAUUGCUUCUAUUUUAUAGCAUAUUAUUAUGAACGUAUUUAACAAAAUUAUCAGAGAAUUUAUUGUAUUUUGUAGUGUGUAUGAAAAGAGAAACAUAAUAUUGUCAGUUGAAUAAGUUAUUUUAAUAAUAAACGGUACAAGGACUG